AGUGUCAAAUAAGAAUUUGAAAUAGGGUUAAUUACUUAAUUUUAAGUUUAAACAACUUUUACUUUUAAAUAAUAAAAAUAAAAAAUUUUCUUUUAAAGAUUAUGGAAUAGGAGACUUCCUUGGGCUUCAUGGUGUGGACUGGAUUGGUAAGCAAACUCAAUUCUCAAGCAAACGUCGCUAAAUUGUACAACUACUUAUACAAAGGUCUGAUCGUCGACAUCGGAGGAAUAUAGCUCUCAAUUGGAUUUCCAUAAUCAAGACUUGAAUCAUCUUGAAAAUGUCAGGCGUGUCGCUGAAGUGCGGAGACUGUGGAGCGCUCCUCAAAUCUGUAGAGGAAGCUCAAGAACAUGCCGAGCUUACUUCGCACUCCAACUUCUCUGAAUCCACUGAACCCGUUCUUAGUCUUGUUUGCUCUUCUUGCGGCAAACCUUGCCGAUCCAAAACUGAGACUGAUUUGCAUACCAAAAGAACCGGCCAUAUUGACUUUGUGGAUAAGACUUCUGAAGUUACCAAACCCAUCAAUUUAGAAACACCCAACACUUAUAAUUCUACUCCUAUGGACGUUGAUGCUAGCGCCAGUGCUUCAUCGGAAGAAAUGGUGGUUCCUGAGGUUGAUAAAAAACUGCUCGAGGAACUCGAGGGAAUGGGAUUUUCACUUGCAAGAGCUACCCGUGCACUUCAUUGCUCAGGUAAUUCAAGCCUUGAGAGUGCAGUAAAUUGGAUAGUUGAACACGAGAAUGAUGCUGACAUAGAUCAGAUGCCCAUGGUUCUCGCCAGUAGUAAAAAUGAGCCUCCUAAACCUUCCCUUACAGAGGAAGAAAAGAAGAUAAAAUUGUUGGAGCUAAGAGAACGGGCUCGCAAGAAGAAGGAAGAGGAAGAGAGGAAAAUGGAAAGAGAGAAAGAAAAGGAAAGGAUUCGAAUUGGAAAGGAACUACUUGAGGCUAAGCGUAUUGAAGAAGAAAAUGAGAGAAAACGUUUGAUAGCCUUUCGAAAGGCGGAGAAAGAGGAAGAGAGAAGAGCUCGAGAAAAAAUUCGCCAGAAAUUGGAAGAAGACAAGGCUGAGAGAAGGCGGAAGCUUGGUUUGCCUCCAGAGGAUCCUGUUGCUGCAAAACCUUCUGCACCUGCUGUUGAGGAGAAAAAGAUCAGUUUGCCUGUUAAGCCUGUAACAAAAGCUGAGCAAAUGAGAGAAUGCCUUCGAUCACUUAAGAAAAAUCAUAAGGACGAGGAUGCUAGGGUGAAAAAAGCAUUCCAGACACUUUUUACUUACGCAGGCAAUGUGGUGAAGCACCCAGACGAGGAAAAAUAUAGGAAAAUUAGACUUACCAACCAGGCUUUUCAGGAUAGAGUUGGUGGAUUGAAGGGAGGCAUUGAAUUCCUUGAGCUGUGUGGAUUUGAGAAGACAGAAGAUGGAGAAUUCUUGUUUCUGGCUAGGGAAAAGGUUGAUUUAGCUGUGCUCAAUUCUGCUGGGAAAGAAUUGCAAUCUGCCAUUGAGAAUCCUCACUUUGGUGUUCUCUGAAGGUCCUACUUUCACAGCCAACCGGUUUUUACUUUUUAUACUAGUUUGAGUCUGAUAUAACGUAAAUGCAAUUAGCUUUGGAUUGGUAUGUGUCAUUCUGCUCUAUAUCUUUUGGUUGUCUGUAGCAGCUCACAACUUGAUCCAACGUGCUGUGUUCUUUUAACAAUUCUGUUUAUGCAAAAAUUUACAUCACUUUACCAGCUUCA